AUGACUUUUUUUUGUCUUGCGUCCACAUCUGCAGAUUGUGUUCCGCGACGUCCCCAGAAAAUAGCUUUACAAAACGUCGGGCUGGGGCGAAGAAAAGUUGUUUUUCCAAGCAGAGGAUCUUUUGUCGAUGUAAAGGAAAAACUGGAGAUUGUCUACCCAAAAUUGAAAGAUGGUGGCGGUUUUGAAUUACUAAGGAUGGGCUCUCCAAGUUCAAAGCUUGCUCUAAUAUAUCCCACGGCUGGAGGAUAUUCAGUGCCUUUCCUGCGGGAUGCUGCGGGACUUGGCCAGGCACUGGCCUAUAUCAGGCCACUCCAAAUGGACCUCGCCACGUCAGCGGUUCAAAGUGCUGAGCAGCCUGAGCAGGUAUGUGUUUCCAACUGCAGCUGCUAAUAAGAUCAGAUGAACUCUUCAACCAAACCCCACAUGCAAGAGUAUCAAUAAAUUGACUAUCCUGUGGGGAAGGGGGGCACUCCCUGUAAUGACCUAUACGGGGCAGUCCCUUUUUCAAUCUUGGGUAUAUAAAAGAGGAGGAAUUUCGUGAGUUGAAGUAUAUGAAAGGGUAGGGAAAUCUGUCCUUCAGGUAUUUUUAAAAAAGGGUUCAUAGUUUAGAUAUUAAGGGUUUAUAGAUAUAUUCGAACAGAUGUACCUUGUGGUGGUAACAUUUCAUUUAUUAAAUGCUGCAAGACUAUUGUUCAUGAACUUCAUAUCAGGGUUUAGAAAAGGGAUGUGGUUUUCUUAAGUAGGUAUGUGAAAGGGGUACCAUUUUUCAACGGAAGGUAUACGAAAGGGGUACGUUUUGUGUCAAAAAUGGUAUAUAAAAGGGUAAAGGGUUGGACCUUGGGGCGCAGCCUCCGCAAAUAAAACUUUGUUGAGUGCCUCCCCCAUCUCCCUGUGUAGACUGCUGACUAUGUCUAGCUGUUGUUCUUAAAGCCAGUUAAAGUAGACUUUGAAUAAUAAUUUAAUUGUAAACCCUUAGGUAGUUUUUAGCCAUCUAAUGAGCAGUUAGCUAAUACAUUAAAAUGGAAGUAGUAUUAAGCCACCCAGACACAAAUAUAAUUUUGUUGUCGAUCGUUAAGCUUCACAGCCAGGGCAAAAAAUCUUUACAAUAACCUGUACCAAUUUCUGUGGAAAUCAUAUUUGGGAUAUGAUAGUCUGCAUUGUUGGUUGCAUAUAUGAGCAAGCAGUUGAAAGCAUAGUGAAAAUGAGAUACAUCUGGGUAUAAUCUCGUAUACAGAUCUCCCACGGCCAAGGGAAAGGAAGAAUCUCACUUUUCAGUGUAAAACAGAGUGAGAUCUGGGUACGAGAUUAAUCUGGGUGUUGUCCUCAAAUUUGAGGCUCACUUUACGAUGAGGCGCCUGUCAACACAUUUUUCCAGUUUUACUGGGGGGGGGGGGGGUUGGGUUUUUGAAGUAAACGGACUUAUGUUAACCGCUUUUUUCAAGGUCCAAGACAAUGUACUUCCAGUGACUGUGAAGUGCCUGGAGUGCCAGGAAGAUGUUGCAAUGACAAAAUUCCGGCAGCACAAAGCACAUUGCAAUAUCAAAUGGUAAUUUCACUUGGAUCUUUCAAAUUCACUUUUGUUUUUUUUAUUUGAAGCUUCCUAUUGUUUUACUCUAUACCAUGAACAGUUAUCAAAAUCUCUAUGUUUCAUUUUGCGGUAUGCACCAUUUGGUACAUAACAACUUAGUAUUCUUUGCUGUAUUACCCAGCAUUUUUGAUUACCUACUUUCCUUUCAGACUGGUUGUAAUUAUCAUUUUUGUUUGUCACUAGCCCAUCUACAACCAGGGAACCAAAGGAUAACCAGGGAACCAAAGCAGUUCCAGUUAAAACAUCUGUCUCCAUGUUGUCCCAGAUCUUCUCUGAUAAACGAAAAGAGGUGAUUGAAGAGGCAGUAAGGAGAGCAAAUGGAAGUGUCGGUUUAGCGGCAGAAGAGUUUCUGGAAGGUGAAUAAUACCAUAAUAGUAUAGUCCAUAUCACACAGAGAGGGUAUAAAGUAGAAGUGGUAGUCAUUUCCUCAGUUUUUAUAUCCAAGUUCCUCCAAACCAUUCGUUCCUAAUACAUUGUGUAUGUCUCAUUGUCAAUGCAGAGAAGGAUAUGUCCUCUGACUCCCCUGGCCUAAGUACUAGCUCCUUGUAUUCUUCUUGUUUUGUACCAGAAGCAUCAGGUAAUUUUAACCCAUUAUCAUGUUACUCAUUUCAGGUUAGAAAGGCAUGUUUCUCAGAAACGAGUCUGUUUAUUUGUGA